CUUAGGGUGAUACCUUUUACUGGACCCACUAUGUUCUGAGUACUGCUGCUGUGAUUCUCUCCUAUGUUGCUGCUGCACUGCCUGUGAGUUUCAGCAAUCAUUAAAGCUGCUUAACAGAAUGACUUCCUGUUCUGUUGUUCUCGAGGCUCCUGUGCGAAGGGUUGCUAUCUUUGGAGGAACUCAUGGCAAUGAGUUAUCAGGGGUGUUUCUGGUCAAGCAUUGGCAAAAGAAUGGAGCUGAGAUUCAAAGAUCAGGGCUCCAAGUGACACCAUUUAUUACCAACCCAAGAGCUGUGAAGAAAUGUACUAGAUAUAUUGACUGUGACCUGAACCGUGUUUUUGACCCUGAUAAUCUUGGCAGAAAAGUGAUGGAAGAUAUUCCAUAUGAAGUAAGAAAGGCUCAGGAAAUCAAUAAUUUAUUUGGUCCAAAAGGUAGUGAUGUUGCCUAUGACCUGAUUUUUGACCUUCACAACACAACUUCUAACAUGGGUGGUACGCUUAUUCUUGAAAACUCCAGGAAUGACUUUAUAAUUCAAAUGUUUCAUUAUAUUAAGAACGCUUUGGCUCCAGAAAGCUGUCCUGUUUUCCUGAUUGAGCAUCCUAACUUGACAUAUGCAACAACUCGAUCUAUAGCAAAGCAUCCUGUUGGUGUUGAAGUUGGACCUCAGCCUCAAGGAGUUCUUAGAGCUGAUAUUUUGGACAAAAUGCGGAAGAUUAUCAAACAUGGUCUUGAUUUUGUGCGCAUUUUUAAUGAAGGGGAAGAAUUUCCACCAUGUACAAUUGAAGUUUACAGAAUAAUAGAGAAAGUAGACUAUCCCAGGAAUAAAAAUGAUGAAAUUAUUGCUAUUAUUCACCCUUGCCUACAGGAUCAAGAUUGGCAGCCAUUGAACAAAGGGGAUCCUAUAUUUUUAACUUGUGAUGGAGAAACCAUUGCAUAUGAAGGGGAUUCUACAGUAUACCCAACGUUUGUGAAUGAGGCUGCCUAUUAUGAAAAGAAAGAAGCUUUCGUGAAAACGGUCAAAGUAAAGCUUACUGCAAAAGGCCUCAGGUCCUCUUCAUCUUAGAAGUAGACUAUUUUAAAAGAUUAUUCAAAUAUUUCAUAGAUAUAGGGCCAAAUUAAUUGCCAUCUACUUCAUGUAAUCCAGCUGAAGUCAGUGGGGAUACAUGAAGCAUGACUAUAGACUAUAAACCCUUAUUUUUAAAUUGCAAUUCAGUUAAUAUUGCUAAGUACUUUUAAAAUCCAAAGCAGUCACAAUUUUAAGUACUACUAGUAUUUAUCAAUGUUUAAUUGGUUCUUUAAUUUACAGAGCAUAAAAUUUAUUAAUUUAUAUAGUUCAUUAUUUCUUUCAUAUUGCAUAACUAUGUCUAAAUAAUUCACCAAAUUAUGUUUCCCCAAAUACAAUAAAGGAUUGGGUGAUUUGAGGUCUACAUUAUUGAAAAGUUGCACACAUUAUCAGGAGAAUAUUUCACUGAGUUUAAGUUAUAAAAUACAGUGGAAACCAGUCAUAAUUAUGCAUUGUCUAAUUAAUGCGAAAGACAAAUAUAUAAAAAACUGAUUUUUAUUGAUUGGUUUAUCUGCAUAUUACUAACAAGAAAUGUCAACUCAGAUGUUUUGUGUAUGGCCUCAUGGGUCAUUUUUCUGUUGGGUCCAUUACAGAAGUACUUUCAAAGUUCUACUCCCAAGAGUAAAAAAUAGUAAUGGAAAUAAAACCAAAACAAGGUAAUGGCAAAUGUCACCCCUUUAUAAAGUACCCAUAACUGAAUGCCACUGCAAGACUUGUAUUUCAAGAAUUGGAGAAAUCUAGAAUUAACAUGUUGAAAAACACAGCAGGUGUAUGGGGAGAAAGGGCAGGAAAAGAAAUUUUAAGUUAAGCAUUUUGGGUAAAACACAAACACUAGGCAGAAUGGUAUAAAUAUGAUGAUGAUUAUCUUAAUGCAGGAAAUAUUCUUCUUGGGCUUGUUCAUUUUUUAGCCAUUUAUUUUUGAGGUUAUUGAAGGUUUGAAAGCUUGCUGACAAAAUAUUCCUAAAACUUGAGAACUCAGAACUGUGCUUAAAUUGAAAUACAGGUGGAUAUUUCAUAUGAGCCCUAAA